CUUUCUUUUGAUCUCUUGUUGCACUGGAUGAAGUCCUGUUCAACUGGCCUGGGAAAAAAUAACCAAAUCUAACCAAAAUCUGUGAUUGUACUUUUGAUUUUUGUCGUUUAUUGUUACCAAUUGAACUAAUUUUUCAUUGAUUUUAUUGCUGGUGGAAAAAUGCUUCGCACUUUUUCACUACGUUUUGUUUCACGUGUGGCUGUCUCACGUUCCCUCGCCACUUCAACAGCCUUCAACAGCAACGCAAAACUAAAUCCUGAGCAGGUAUUUAAACGGGAAGAUAAAUACGGAGCUCAUAACUACCAUCCUCUACCAGUCGCCCUUGCGAAAGGGAAGGGUGUUAAUGUGUGGGAUGUAAAUGGCAAACGUUACUUCGAUUUUCUUGCUGCUUACUCGGCCUUGAACCAGGGACAUUCACAUCCAAGAAUCGUAGAGACGCUACAAAAACAAGUGGAAGUCUUAGCUCUUACCUCUAGAGCAUUUUAUAACGAUGUUCUUGGUGAAUUCGAAGAGUAUAUUACCCAGUUAUUUGGCUACGACAAAGUCCUGCCAAUGAACACUGGUGUCGAAGGUGGAGAAACGGCUUGUAAGCUGGCAAGAAAGUGGGGCUACAAUGUCAAGAAGAUACCAAAGAACGAGGCGAAGAUUGUAUUUGCUGAAGGAAACUUCUGGGGUAGGACUCUAGCUGCUGUUUCUUCAUCCACUGAUCCUGCCUGCUAUGAGGGAUUUGGACCUUAUUUACCUGGUAUAGAGAUUACACCAUACAAUGAUCUGGCUGCCCUAGAGAAAUCAAUCAGUGAUCCUAACACCUGUGCCUUCAUGGUUGAACCCAUCCAGGGGGAGGCUGGAGUGUAUAUACCAGAUCCAGGAUACCUGAAAGGAGUGAGGGAGCUAUGUACCAAAUACAAUGUUUUAUUUAUUGCUGAUGAAGUGCAAACAGGCCUUGCAAGAACUGGAAAACGUCUGUGCUGUGAUCAUGAAAAUGUCAGACCAGAUAUUGUAAUUCUUGGCAAAGCUUUGUCAGGUGGAGUUUAUCCU